GUAGCCGGCCAUGACAGUCGAAGAUUCGGGACAUGUUGUUACUUCCUGAUGGCUUAUAAACCACUAGUAUAAGGGAAACAAAGUGAUGUCCGUAUACCUGAGUCUUACCAAUAAUAAAUAUUUCACUGAUUCUGGAUUGACUGUUACUUUUUAAAUGCUCGUAUCUUGGCAACAGCAGACUUCACUCACUUGUGUCAUCAAAGAGGAAUUUUCUUUUACCAUGCAAAGUGAUGUUCCCCUGAUUUUUUAGCUGUUCUAAAGGCAAAAGAACUGCACCCCUGGAAGAGGGAAGGAUACCAGUGAAUGUAACCGGUAACCAGUAACCACACUAACUAAGCACAUUUUGUGUGUACAGCAAAAUGAGUCUGCAGAGGCCACCAUUUUCACCUCCUGCAAGUCAUGUGACCUUCUGGCAAUCAGAGGUUGAACAAUUACAGCGUAAUCAUCAUUUCUCCUCACAGGUUCCUGGCAUGGAGCCAAGACCACCAUUAACCCCUGCAAAGCCACCAACAGGGUAUGAGUGUAACAAGUGUUGUGCUCGAUUUGCAUCCAUUGCAAGCCACGUUGCUCAUGAAAUAGCAGGCUGUGUUACCAUGCCACCAUCAACAAGCCAACAACAAGCCGCUCCCUUGUAUACCAGGAAUACUGUCCAACCAACACCUGUUAUCAAUCAAGCCACAUCCAGACCAGCCACUGCCGGCAGCAAUGGACUCCCCAACCAUUCAGGUAAUACAUCAUCACCACGAGGUAAGAGCAGUCAUAAAGCAGAGAAAGUCACAAGUCCACGUUCAUUUUUGGAAGCAGAGCAGGGUGGGCAGGAAUAUCACUGUAAGAUCUGUCCUCAGGUGUAUUACAGUAAAUCCGAUGUACUGCUGCAUGCAAGAUCACACACAGAGGGAAAACCUUACAAGUGUGAAGAAUGCGGCAAAGGAUUUGCAACCACGUCAUAUCUAAGUCAGCACUCACGGGUUCAUACUAACCACAAGCCCUACAAUUGUACCUACUGCGACAAGUCCUUCAAGCAGUUGUCACAUCUGCAACAACAUACACGCAUUCACACCGGCAUGAAACCUUACAAGUGUUUUGAUGCUGGUUGUGACAAGGCAUUCAGUCAGUUAUCUAACUUACAGCAACAUUGGAGGCGACAUAACAAGGAUAAACCCUACAAAUGCAGAGACUGCUACAGGGCCUAUGAUGAGCUGGACAAGCUGCAGAAUCACUCGCUUUCUCAUGAGAACACUCGACGUGAAAAGCGAUUCUCCUGUGGGGUAUGUGGGAAGACCUACAGCUUAGAAGUUUACCUGCAGAAACACAUGGAGAAGCACCCUCAGAUUGCUAGUAAUGGACUUGCUAACAUGCCCAUCGUUGAUUCCAACAAACAGAGCAACUCCUCGGCAGGCAGCAAUCUCACACACCACAAGAAACACAAAAAGAGUAAGAAGAAAUCUAACUCUGACUCCGCCUCCACCAUGAAUAUGCAUCAGCCAAGCAUGAACAUGAAUGAAUAUUCAUCAGCAGAGACCACUAGCCACCUUGUUCCCAUGCUGAUGCAUCUUCAGGCACCAGACUCUGUACUGCAGCCUCUUACAUUACCACCACGUUCAGGGGUCCAAAGCCAGACCACCGAUGCCAAAUCAAGCGCCCAACCUCAUGGUUUCCCAGCUCACACAGCCACUAGUCCCUCAGUGGGUAGUCACCCCUUAAACCUGCAUAUUCCCAUGCCUACGUCAUUAGGUUACAUGAAUCGUGGCCCAGCAGUAUUUUCGACAGAGAGCCCAACCUUCACCUCAAGUUCCCCAGCUUUCCAAUCUCCUAGUCACAUCGUGGAUUCCAGAAUGCCAUAUUUUCCAUUGCCGGUAUCUGCUCCAAAUGUGUCCCAUGUCAUACAGGCUUGAACAUCAAACCUAUGACUAUUACAGAGGCCAACCAUUGACUGGGAGUUGAUACUCCAGAAUUUCCUGAGUUCGCAUGAAACCCACAAUAGAAGCCUUCUUUGGGCCAUGGAGGUUUUCAUAAAGCUAUUGAAAUUACACAAGACUCUUUGGACAAUAUCUGCCAGUAUUUGAAAUGAAAAGAACUUGACCAAAGUGCAAGAUGUGCACCCAGAAAAGGCCUGUGGGCGGCAUUAACCGUAAGACUAAACAUAUCUGAGUGGAGGGGAUAUCAUUUGUUCCCCUGUAGAGCAGAUAAUCCUAAAAUUUUCUAUUUGCAUCCAGUGAAUUUGUUAGUUUCAAAUACUAGAAUUGAUUGAACUACCUUCAGAGUCUGACUGUAUAUUGAGCUGCACCUCUUGAAGCUGAGGAAAGCAUGUUUUAAAAUGCCAAGUAGUUGAUGUACAUAUUUAGUAAGUAUAUCCUAUAAGAAGCUGUACAGUGUAGAAUUGAGUAUGUACUUAAUGCAACAACUCUGGACUUCUUAAGGAUGGUUGCUCUGUGCACAGAUUCAUGUAGACAGUUGUGGAAUAGGUCAGUUUAGUGUCAGGUUUUUUUUUCAUCAGAAAUCGAAGGUGGAGCUGUUAACUUGCUCUUGUUCUUGUCUAAACCGUUUGUCUUGAUACGUUAAGAUGAAGAUUAAGACUGUAGUGCAGUGCAAAGCUGAAAUUACAUUUUUGAAAAUACAUGUACGUUUUUUUUGGAAAGGACUUUCAAAAAGUGAAGAUUACUUCUUCAAAAAGUGCCAAAAUAUGUCCUGUUUGAGGAUUUCACUGCACGGAGCAGUCAUCUGACCAGUCCUUUGAUUCAAGUCACCUGAUCCCAGUCACUGAGUGCUAUGAUAACUCACACUGAGUCUUUGAUUAGCAGUACUCAGCUGAAGUUGGAGUCAGCAAUGAUCAUCUAUUCAUAAUGAUAGUGUAAAAUGUAGUAAUUUUUAUGGUUUUGGGAACAUUGAAACAUUUGAUAAUAAUGUGUGGAUAGAUUUGUUUCUGUGUAAUCAAUCUGUUGGCAUUUGUUUUUCUUAAUAGGUUUUUAGACAGAAUGAAAACACUUCCAGUAUCUGAGUGUAUUUGUUGUUUUUUAGUGAAAAUCAUUUGAGUCUGGAAUGACGUAGUUUUAUUGACAUGGAAAGGGUUUACAGGAAUGAGGUGUAUUCUUUGUCAAAUGCUUUUUUGGAGUUCUUCAGAGCAGGAAGGAUGGAAAAUUAUUUGAAAUGUUUUUAAAUAUGUUAAAGAUAUCAAAAAAUAUCUUAAAAGAGCAGGAAACCUUGGAGUGCAGGAUUGGGAAUGUAUGAAAUUAAUAUAUUAAAAAUAGUGGACUUUAAUAGACAGUGCAUGUAGUUGUGAAUUUUGCACAUUUGUUUGUGCCGAUUCAAGAAGCAUUUCUGCAUAAUAUGUUUGUAUUCAUGGAAAUUUGUAAAGUAAAAAGUGUAAAAUAUUUUUUUAACAUUAAUUAUGGUGUGUAGGUAAAGAAAAUGUGACCAUCAUCCAAAAGGCACAAACACUGGCUUUUAGGAUAGUUGUAUGUUGGAAGGUAAUAUUUUCAUGUUUAAUCUUGCUGAAGGUUCUUUGUGAAAUGCUUUGAGGUUGCCGUGCAUAAGGGGAAAGUACUACACAUGCAUACAUACCGGUACGUGUACUUGUUUGGAAAAUUUGUGCAAAAACAGCCGUUUAACUGUUUAAUAUUUUACACAAGUCCUCAAAGUUUGGUUUUGAAUUUAUGUCACGGUGAAUUCAGUAAAAAUAAAGUUGUUGUGACCAUCAGGGUUAUAUGUCCAGGCUGCGUUGAAUGCAAUUCUUCGCUAGGUGAAUGGUGUUGCUUUUUUUUCUUUAAUAUCAGGUGUUGUAACAAUUUGUUAACUUUUGCUAACUAAAGCACUGAAAUAGACGUCAGGUUAGCAUGAUUUUCCUGCCUCAGUAUGCAGGGAUUUUCAUGUAAUGUGCAUCGCUAUUAUGAAGGGCCUGGUAGAGGAGGUGGGGCUUGGAAUGGGAGGGGGAUAAUGUGUGUAUGUCAGGAUUGAACUAAAUAGGAUAUGAAACCAGUCUAAAUGUGCAUGUUACGAAAUUGUUCUCACACUCCUAUGCUUUUAUUCAGAACAAAGUGAUGCGUUAAAAUAUUUUACCAAUAUUUAUCGUCUUUCUGUGUUGUACACAUCAGAAAAAGAAAAAUGAAAUCACACAAAUUUGCCAUUUUCAUUAGUUUCUGUUUGGUGUUAAGUGAUUGGAUAUUGUCUUUACUGAAUGUGUAGAGUUAAUCUAGGGGCAGAUGACAUUUUGGGCACAAUUGUAAUUACUAUAGAUCUGUAUGUGUUGUGUUUCUGAAUGUCCUACACAGCAAUUGUUAUGGAGAAGUGUCUGGUGUACAAUUUAAGGUGUACAUUUUAUGAAUAUUUUGUACAAAACCUUGCAUUAUCGGCUGGAAGAUAGUCAUAGGUUAGCAAACUUGUGUAAAUUGUGGAUAAGGCCUUGUCUACAGAGUGUAUAACCUACAUUGAGCAUAGCUAUUGCACAGCUAUUGUGGACAAAAUUGAUGACAAAAGGUAUCACAUUACCUCAAAUAUGUUGUCACUCACGAUGAAUUUCCUUUAAAAUCUGGGGCUGAUAUUGUGAAAUGCCAAGUGUAAAACCACAUUACCUCUGAUUUCUGUGGACUAAUUUCUCGCAUUGAGUGACCUUAACUACUGCAUGAUCUACAUGUACAGUUUUAGGUGUCAUUAAAAUAGUUUGAUUUAUCUUAAAGGUUAGUCAGCCAUCUGGGAACAUCUUUUGACAACUGUGACAACUCUGUAGACAAGGCAAUUUGUUCAUUCUCCGCAAUCUUUAUGUGCUUGUAUAUGAUCGCUGCAUCUGUGUAGAUUUUUUCAGUUCAGUAUUUUUGGUGAGGGGCAGACAUAAGUGCUUAAGGAGUGAAACUGUAGACCUGACGUGAACCUUGAGAAUUCAUGUUUAGGGUAAAAUAGCUUCAUCCUUUUCUUGUUGCUUUCAUGCACAAAUAUAAGCAGCAGUCUGGAAGCAAGCCUGCUUCUCAGUACUAGAACAGUUGCUUCAGGAAAUUCAAACAAAUUUGCGGCUGUUUUGAUCUGUAUUAAAAAUAAGAAGAUUCACCACCGUUAACCACCCUCUUAUUACUAAGUUAACGCUCUUCUGUUUGAACAAAAGUUAAUAAACCUUACUAGCGAGUUAACUUGGACGUUACAAAGUAACAUGUACAUGUAUUUAGGUUUAUCUUCGUAUUAUUAAGAAAUAUUUUGGUUUUAUAAGCCGGUUUUCUUUUAGUCAGAUCUCUUCUUAAAAAUUGGUUUUGGGAUUGUGUCAUUCAGUAAAUUAAGCCAAAUGUACAUGUUUGUGGUAUUAUAAUGCACUGAAUAUUAAAUACUAUCAAUUAGAUUUAACAAAA